AUGACGUUAUGGUUGCACAUUAUGGUGCAAACCUAUCAAUCACCCGUUAGGGUAUAUAAACACCCUUUUGAAUUAGUUAUAGCGGCAUAUGAGAAGCGUUUCCCGACGUGUCCUCAAAUUCCGAUAUUUGUUGGCUCAGAAAUCACGUAUGAGUAUCAUAGCGAAGAUGGUGCUGAAUGGGUGGUUGAAAGAAAAUGUCAGCUGAACGUCGACGCACCAUAUUUGGUCAAAAAAAUUGCGGGUGUAGAUUAUAUAUAUUUCACGCAGAAGAACUCUCUGGAUCGGCGGAAACGGACCUUAGAAAUUGAGGCGUCGAAUAUUUCAUUUUCAUCGCGAAUUGUUGUACGAGAACAUUGUAAUUAUUAUGUCCAUCCUGAAAAUCCAAACUGGACAUGUUUUGAGCAGAAUGCGGCAUUAGAC